AUGGGGCGUUAUUUCAAAUCCGAGUUUUUCAACUUUGAGUUCAUGAGAGUCUUGAAUGGGGUUCCAUUCCAACAUGCAGACAUUGGGGAGUGUAUGGAAGCAGCCGCCCAAAUUAUCGAUGGCAACGCAGAAUCUUGGUUUCAAGCAUGGCAAAUGGCAGCAGAAAAAACAGAAAUGCUAGCGCAGCAAGCUCAUGAAGCGGGCGAUAGAGACGGUGAACGUUGGUCGCUUCUCAAAACUGCCCAUUACUUGAGAUCGAGCGAGAACAUCCUUCAUUUGAAUAUGAACGACCCACGAAUUCUCUCGGUGUCAGAGAAAUCGAUUGACUUCUUCCAACGAGGAAUGUGCCUGCUUGACAGCAAAGUCUAUCGACUCGAGAUACCCUUCGAGGACUAUUUAUUACCAGCAUAUCUUUAUAUGCCCACCUCUGGGAGCCAAAUGAAAGGAGAGAAAAUCCCCUUGAUUGUUCAAACAGCAGGUUUCGACUCUUGCCAAGAAGAAUUGUACUUUUUUGUGGCCUCAGGUGCACGUCAACGCGGAUAUGCAACAUUAACUUUUGAUGGCCCAGGCCAAGGCAUAGUUAUGAGGAAAUUGAAGAAGAAAUUAAGACCAGACUGGGAGGUUGUCAUAUCAAAAGUAUUGGAUUUCGUGGACGAUUUUAGUUCGGGCCAUCCAGAGUUGAAUCUCGAUCUUGAUCGGCUUACGCUAACGGGUAACUCGCUAGGGGGUUAUUUCGUUCUUCGAGGAGCUGUUGAUUCUAGAGUCAAGGCUUGUGUCAGUACAGACGGCUUCUACGAUCUUUGGCUUCUUACAGAUUCGCGACUACCCAGGUGGUUCACAAAUGGAUGGAGAUCCGGCUGGAUAACGGAUGACGUGUUUAAUUCGAUUUUCAACUUUGCUGCCCGGUUUGAUAUUCAAGUCGCUUGGGAGUUUCGCCACGGGAUGUUUGCUUUUGGGGUAGACUCCCCAGCCAAUGUCUUGCGCGAGUUUAUGCGAUAUACUCUGCAGGAAGGAGGGAAAGAAUAUCUUUCAGAUGUGCGGUGCCCUGUGAUGGUCACAGGUGCGGCAGAUACAUUAUAUUUCAAGCCAGAGAUAAGCACGACUUUGAUAUGGAAUGCUUUGGAACAUCUUGACGAUGGAAAGCGAGCAAUAUGGAUCGCAAAAGGGGUUGGCCAGGGAGGGUUGCAAGCCAAAAUUGGCGCAAUGAGUGUGGCUCAUCAAAAGAUGUUUUCGUGGAUGGACGACCAGCUGGGCAUUCAAAGACCAGUGGAGGAGAAAUUGAGGUUGGAAACAUUAUAG